AGCUUGGUGCUCAUUCAACAGACUACACGGACAACACCUCGCAAUUAACAUAGUGCUGGAUAGUUCGUGUAAAUUGCCCAUUGUGACGGUAGUUUGAAGACAUUUUACCAGAAUUCUUGCAUUGUUUGGAUGCAGUUUUGUGGUGAGAAGUGGUGAACAGUUGAUCAACAAUGUAAUAUCGUCCCCAAGGAGUUUGUGUUCAAACGCUUGAAACAUUUUGAUCCAGACUCCAUCACCAGAUAAACCCAGCCAGAACAGGUCCAACCAUUGUGAGUCAUCUGAGGGGAGUUAGAACAAGAUUGUCAUAAUCUCUCACAUGCUCUGGAGCUGGAAACACCCCUACACGCUUAAAUGAUCUGGCCUAAAUAAUAAUAAUCACACUCCGGGGACAUGCUGGAAAUUCAACCCAUAAGAGUUCAUUCAGCCUUAUGAUGAGAUGUGAGAGCUGAACUAGAAGUCAUCUGGAGAGAGAGAGAGAGAGAAUGGAGCCUCCACCGUCAGGCACCAACCACAUUUCAUCACAACCGUACUCCCAGACUUACCCACACGUCCAACAACCUUACGGUCGGGAGCAAGACUUCAGUGGCUAUCCACAGAAGAUGGGUGAUCCAUACUAUAGUUCUCAACGGACUGGUACCACAACUCCUAUCUACCCAACACCCCUGCCUGCCCUGAUUGAACCCAGUCAGAACUAUCCCCCUAGAGGACUAGAUGGGCCUAAGAUUGGAGGGCCACAGUUUGGGUUGACCAGCCCUGGAUAUGGCCAAGGAGGAGGGACUGAAAUGGGCCCUAUGAUGCGAGCAUUAACAGAGGAUGAUAUGUUUAUGCCACAACCUCCUGAGUACCGUUCACCGAUGCAGAACGUUGCUGGUCCGUACGGUCAACCUAUGGGGUAUACUUCCCCUGAUGGAACUCGUACAGGAUAUGGUGCAGGACAAUACCCAAGCCCAUUCAGUCCUGGACAUAGUCCUCGUGCCUCUCAGAUCUACCCGGUCCGUAGCCAUGCUAUGUCACCUAUUGAUAGUGGGUUUGGAGCCAACCCUUCCCAGUAUCACCGACAAACAAGCCAGAGUCCUCACAUGAAUAUGGUUAGUCCGACUGGCCAGAACUCAGUCUUCAACAGAGGCACCGGUGUCACAGUACCCUCGCCUGUUGGAAUGCAAGGACAGAGUAUGUACUCUCAUAGUCCCGGUUCCUCUCAAGGUGGGCGGGGUAACACCCACUUUCCAUUUAGUACAUCCCCAGUAAGCCAGCACACAUCUCCUUUACCCUCUCCCAGUAGCCUACGAUCACCUGGUGUUGUGAACAGCCCACAUAAUCUAGCAACAGCUUCACCAGGUCCAUUUAAUACUCCGUCCAAUCCAAGUCCGGUCAAUGUGCCCAGACCUAUCAAAUCCCCUGUGGCAGCAUUUCAGACCCCAGCCGCUGUUACUCAGUCUGGACACCCUCUUGUGUCCCCCAAAGUCAGACCUGUUGACAAUGGUGACCACAACUCUACUGGAACUCCAUAUGUAGAACUUGUUCACUCGAGGAAUGACACUCAAAAUAAAACUCACUCAUCGAGUAAUCCAAAGUCACCAGAGAGCCCUUACCCAAAGAAGAAAGAAGACAGGUGUAGCAGUGGACAUUUGCCCAAACUAGAAGAGAUGGUUGCAUUUCUUGGCGAGUCUGCUACCCAGGGGAUUUUAACACCAAACGAUAAAGAAAACAGUGAAGAAAAUGGUGAGAAUGAAUCCAAGGAUGUAGCCAAAGUUGACAACAAUUCAGAAACCACAAAGAAAACAAAUGGAGAACAACAACCACCUUCUUGUGUGAUUCAUACAGGGAGCGUUAAGUCUGCAGAAAGACAGCCAGAUAUAUCAAGUGCUAAGCAACAUAUCAUUGUUCAGGAAAACAACAGGUGUAAUCAGGGAAAUGGAAGCCCAAGACCCAACAGCAAAUCACCAAGAACUGACAGAAGUUUCAUAGAUGCCAGUCCCAAGGGUCCUAAGACUAACGGUGAUGUCAGAGAGAGAAGUCCAUUGCCGAGACAACCAACAAAGUCCCCUAAGUCACAAAGAGGAAGUAAUAGCAACAAAGACACCUCCUUUGAUAAUCUUAAUGGUCCCACUGAAAAUGCAAUCACACAGAAAAUAGCCAUGAAUAGUUCAUUGGAUUCAGACACAAGAAGGACCCAGUCACCACAGAGCUUCAAAGUUGCCAAUGACAUCUCCCAGGUUGACAAGAACUCAAUGAAUGUAAACAACCAGCUCAAGCGUAAAUUCUCUGAGACGCAAAAUGACGUCUACCACAACUCCUUCAACAGCUAUCCUAGAAAUGGUGGGCAGUGUGUUACGGCCUACCCACUAACAUACACCCCACCUAACAGCGGUAAAGAGAUAAACCAGUGUGGUCCUAACAGUCCAAGAGGUUCCAAGUCCCCGGCAAGAAAGGCCAAGGAAGAUUUCUCUGAUGGUAAUCCCCGCAAAGUACUAAAAACUUACAGUGGAAAGAAAAAAAGGACUAGUGUAGACAAGCAGGGUAAUGCCAUUGUAUUACCCAGUCCUCUGCUUCCCUUGUCUGUGACCGAUCCCCCAAAGCCAAAAGAAGAGAAGCAGACAAGUUCCGAGGAACUUCCUCCAACCAAUGUUGUUAAAGAAGAUCAAGGUGCUAAUCCACAGACCUCAACAACAGAGACCAUUGCACCACCUAGAAGCAUUACACCAACCUUCCAGAAUCCAAUGACCACUCCUUCAAGCCAACGUACAACUCCUGAGAAGCCUGUCGCGCCUCAUUCACAAAAGGCUCCUCCCAGUACCCCAACAGGCCAAGCUAUAUCUGAUGAUCCAUCAACCCCUACUCCUACUAAAAGGCGAGGUAGACCACCAGGCAGUAAAAACAAACCAAGAAAAGAAGGUGACACCACAAAACCCAGAAAGAAACCCGUCAAGAAGAAUUUUGACAUGAGUUUGGAAGUCAAAGAUGAACUUGGAAAAUUCAAACACCUCAAGUCAUCUGUGAAAGGCAGAAGUUCAGAUUCUCCGGUUCCACAGCAUGCCCGAGCUCGUGGUCCCAUACUAAGAAUAACUGGUACCCGUGACAAUCCUGUCUCUAGUAAGAUUGUGAACAAUCCAGAUGCAUUGGCAACAAGUGCUUCGGUACCAAGUAAAAAACGUGGGUCAAAGCAUGACAAGACCUCCAACAAAAACAUUCAGAGCGUGAGUCGAGCUCCUCUAGGACCUGCUACUAAACAAUCUCUGACUGUUAAUAAUCCAACGGGACCAUGGCUAUGUGCACUGUGUGGCAAACCUGCUAACUAUGACUCCUUAGGAGAUCUGUAUGGUCCAUAUUACCCUCCUGGAUACCAGAUUCCUAUUCUCAGUCCACAAAGUACUCAUGAAAAAACUAAAAGUGUUGUUGCUGCUGCAGCCAGCAAGAAGCAACAACAACAUGUCAGGACAAACCAAAAGGGCAAAUUAAAAGCCAAAGUCUCACCCAUCCCUAAAGCUGCCAGGACAUCUAAGGUGUCGUCCAAAGGGAAAGCAUCAAGAACAACCUCAGCACAGCGUCAACGCAAAUACUCAGAUGAGGCAGAAUAUUUCAUGUUCUUGGAAGAGGCAACUACGUCAUCAGGUCGAGUGUCCAAGACACCAAAGAGAAUGACUUAUGAGAUCUCCAAGGUAACCAGCCAUCGUGGGGGUAAUCGAAGGAGGAAAUCAAGUGAAGUUGAAGACAGGGGACCAUGUGAUCCUAAUGAGUAUUGGGUUCAUGAGGAUUGUGUUAUAUGGACCCAUGGUGUAUAUGUUGUUGGAGGAACUCUGUAUGGACUAGCUGAAUCAAUCAAAGCUACACAAACAGUGGCGUGCUUUGAGUGUAAAGAUAAAGGUGCUUCACUCGGUUGUAUGAGUAAAGGUUGCAAGAAGACUUAUCACUACGUCUGUGCUGUUCAAGCUGAGUGUCAACUACAAGUGGACAAUUACUCCAUGAUCUGCCCUCAACACAAGGACAAAGUUGUAAAAAUGAAAGAUUUGACAUGAUACCCAGAGGAGUAGCAUCAAAGCUUGAUCUUUACACAGCGUUUCUGCAUCCUGUUUCAUGGAGUGCCAGGUAGCAUGACCUCUGACGUCAGGUGACCUUUGAACUGGUAGUAUGGUGACAUCAUGCUUUAUAUGUAGUUAGCUACCGUAAUUGUAUGGUAAUAUCAUUGCUGUAUAUGUUCUACUUUGCUCCGGUGAACCUGUGUGAAGAUUUCAAGGCGUUUCGUGCAGAAACCAAUCUGGGGAUUGGUUGUUUUGAAAAUUUUUGAAAGCCUUGUUCAUAAACAAUUUGUAAAAUAAUUGUUCUACCAUAGAAAAUUAUCAAUCACAAAUGGUGAUUUCAUAAAAAAAAACUAUUUAUGUUUCAUUCGUGGAGAUCAUAGAAGUGUGAUUACUUUGUAUUUAGUUUGUUGCAGUACACAUUUGGUAGAGUGAGAUACAUGUAGUAGCAUUGAACAAGUUCUAGCACAGAUGUGUCUGACUGUGCUUGAAUUCUGUGGACACUUUUACCACAGAACCGUUAUUAUUCCUCAGUUUGUUUCUGCUUGAGUGCGUGAUGAGUGAUUAUUUGCAGAAUGAGUUUGUUGCAAAUCAAAGAAUAAAAAGCCAGCUCGUACCAAGCAUUGAAAAUAGCGGGACCAUUUUAAUCAGAGCUGAAUGUCUGAAAAUUCAUUGGGGUAAUUUUAAUCUUUAAAAAUAGGCUCAGAAGUUCUGGAAACUGUUUUUGAUUCAAAAAUUCAAAAGAAAGAAAUAUAAUCAUUAUUUAGAAAGGAAGUCUUUUUUUUACUAUCACAAAAAAUCUGUCUUUACUCACCUCAUAAAAGAAACUUAUAAAAUAAGCUUUCCUUUUGUUAUCCUGUUUUUGGGUUAUAGCCACAUUCUCUUCCAUUUUUGUAAAAAUAUUAUUGGAAGUCUUCCCAUCAGAAAUUACAAAGAAAAGUAAUACCGUAGAAACAAGACAUACCCAGUGGACACAUGGCUUAAACAUCCAAUUUUGGAUCCAAACUGGCUAUCCCCUUUUUGAAGAAGUGUGUUUAUAUCUUAACAUAAUGGACGUAAUUAAAUGUGUAUAUUGUGAUGGAACAUCAACAUUCACAAAUUCAUUAUCUGUGUAUGCCAAACUGAAACCAAUUCACUGAUGUAUAAUACAGAUGCCGUCUUUUAGGUUAUAGUGGAUGAUUUUGGCCAGCAGUUUCUUUUGGAUGGACAAAAUUACAUGUACAUGUUGAUUAACAUAUCAAAUGGAAAGUAGUUCAGCCAGCCACAAUGAAACUAGAAGUCUGCACCUAACCUAACUUCAGAUGACAUGUUAAAGGAGUUAACAAUUCAUAAGAUGGAAUGAGUUUACCGGUACAUUAUGGAAAGGCCAUAUUUUACCGAGCGAUAAUAUUCAAUCCAUUUCACAAUUUAAAG